CUUCUCUCUCUCCACCCAGCAACACUGUGUUUCCUGUGUCCUGUCACCUGUGCGUGUGUUUUUGGAUCUCCAGGCGUUGCCAUGGCUGAGGUACUGGCCACCAUGGUGGUCGGGCCACUGCUGUCCAUGGUGAAGGAAAAGGCCUCCAGCUACCUCCUGGACCAGUACAAGGUGAUGGAGGGGAUGGAGGAGCAGCACAAGCUCCUGAAGCGCAAGCUGCCGGCCGUCCUGGACGUCAUCGCCGACGCCGAGGAGCAGGCGGCAAAACACAGAGAAGGGGCGAAAGCUUGGCUGGAGGAGGUCCGGACGGUGGCCUACAAGGCGAAUGAUGUCCUCGACGAGUUCAAGUACGAGGCGCUUCGCCGCAAAGCCAAGGCGGAGGGCCACUACAAGGCGCUCGGCAUGGAUGUAAUAAAGCUCUUCCCUUCUCACAACCGUUUUGUGUUCCGUUAUAAGAUGGCAAACAGGCUCUGCAUGAUCUUGCAAGAAAUUGAUGUCCUCAUCGCAGAGAUGAAUGCAUUCAGGUUCAAAUUCAAACCGCAGCCGCAAAUGCUCAUGCAAUGGAGGCAGACGGAUGCUUGCAUCCCCACUGAGUCUGUGGACAUUGCCAGCAAAUCAAGAGCUCAAGAGACGAAGGAUCUUGUUCAUCAAUUGCUCGAGAGCAGUAAGGAUCGAUUGCUUGCUGGAGCCAGCAGUAAGGAUCUCAUGGUCCUUCCGAUAGUCGGAAUGGGGGGGUUGGGCAAGACCACCUUAGCACAGCUCGUUUACAAUGACACUGAAAUUAAGAAGCAUUUCGAGUUGCGGCUCUGGGUGUGUGUCUCUGAUGAUUUUGAUGUGGAUUCCCUGGCUAACAAAAUAGUGAAAGAGAAUGGUUGUGAAGCAAGUGGAAGUUCAUCAGCACUGGACAAUCUUCAAAAGGCAGUGAGUGGGAAGAGGUACCUCCUCGUAUUGGAUGAUGUGUGGAACCGUGAUGAGCCCAGCAAGUGGGAAAGGUUGAAGUCCUACCUUCAGCAUGGUGGCAGCGGUAGCUCAGUGCUGACAACAACUCGCGAUGAAGCUGUUGCUAAACUAAUGAUGGGUACAACUGAAGGAGCCUAUAAACUUGGAAGCUUGGAUGAAGAGUCCUUAGGGAAAAUUAUCAAGGCAAGAGCAUUCGGUUCAAAACAGCCUGGUGAACUAGUUAACAUGGUUGGUAAAGUUGCCAAGAGAUGUGCUGGUUCUCCUUUAGUUGCUACAGCAUUGGGCUCUUUACUGGGUACCAAGACCAGCAAGCAAGAAUGGGAGGAUGUACUAAAUGGAAGCACGAUUUGUGAUGAGGAAAAUGGGAUUUUACCAGUACUUAAACUAAGUUACAAUUGCUUGCCAUCAUACAUGCGGCAAUGCUUUGCUUUCUGUGCUAUGUUUCCCAAGGAUUAUGAGAUUGACGUGCAAAUGCUAAUCCACUUGUGGAUGGCCAAUGGUUUUAUCCCAGAGCAAUCAAAAGUGUGUCCUGAAACUUUUGGAGAAAGAAUUUUCAUUGAGCUCAAGUCAAGGUCAUUUUUUCAGGAUUUGAAGAAUGUCCCAUUUGAUGACAAAUAUUCUAUUUAUAAAAAUGGCAAUAAGCACAGGUAUUGUUCUAGAAUUACUUGUAAGAUCCAUGACCUUAUGCAUGAUGUUGCACAGUCUGCUAUGGGAGAAGAAUGUGCUGCAAUAGCUACACACCCAAGUGAAAAAGAGGAUGUUCUUCGUUCAGCUCGUCACUUGUAUUUGUCAAUCCGUCAACCACAAACUCUUCUGAAUGCUUCCCAAGAGAAAGGAUCUCCAGCUUUCCAAACACUGAUUUGUGACGGAUAUGUAGGAGAUUUGAAGAUUUUAUCAAAAUACAACUCUAUAAGAGCUUUAAAGAUCGUGUGUGGUUCAAUCUUAAGGCCGAAAUAUCUUCAUCACCUGAGGUAUCUUGAUCUCUCAGAAAGUUUCUUUGAAGCACUUCCUGAAGACAUUAGCAUCCUAUAUCAUCUGCAAACACUGAACCUUUCUUACUGUGACCGGCUUAAACGGCUUCCAAAGCAACUGAAGUAUCUGACUGGCCUCCGUCACCUCUACACUCACGGAUGUGGAAAGUUGAAAAGCAUGCCCCCAGAGCUCGGACGCCUAACUUCCCUACAGACGCUUACAUACUUUGUAGCAGGUGCCGAUGGCUCUGGUUGCAGUAAUUUGGGAGAGCUGCAGAAUUCGGACCUUGGUGGUACACUGAAGCUAAGCAAGCUAGAAAAUGUGACAGGAGCAGAUGCACAAGCAGAUGCAGAAGCAGCAGGUCUUGGAAAAAAGAAAAAACUGACCGAACUGGAGUUAUGUUGGACCGAUAGUGACCAGGAAGCACAGAAUAAUAAUCAUAAAGAGGUGGUGGAAGGUCUCAAACCUCAUGAUGAGUUGAAGGCUCUGAGGAUAAAUCACUGUGGGAGCAGAACUUUUCCAACGUGGAUGAAUACUUUGAAAGGCAUGGUGAACCUGAAAUUAUUCCAUUGCAAAAAGCUCGAAGAGCUUCCUGCACUCUGGGAGCUACCAGCUCUGCAAAUUCUUGGCCUGGAGGGUUUGGAGAGUUUACAUUGUUUGUGCAGCGGUGGUACUACACUCUGGGAGUUCACAUUUCCAAAACUGAAGGUGCUUACCUUGUUAGAAAUGGCAAAAUUUGAGGCAUGGUGGGAGACACAUGAGGUACAAGGAGAAGAGCCGAUAUUUCCCAAGGUUGAGGAGCUGGAGAUUAAGGAGUGUAAAAGUUUGACUGCAUUACCAAAAGCAGCGUCGGUGAUUACAGAAUUGUCUGGCGGAGUUAACACUAAGUGCCGCUCUGCAUUUCCAGCAUUAAGGAAAAUGACGCUAGGUGGGUUGAAUAUGUUUGAAAGAUGGGAGGCAGGCGAAGGAACUCCAGGAGAAGAGGUAACAUUUCCUCAGCUCGAGGAGCUGUCAAUCUGGUCUUGUGGCAGCCUGAGUGCAUUAUCAAAAGGGCCAUUAUUGGCUAAGCAACCAUUUGGCGGAGCUGAAACUGCAACCGUUUGUCAUUAUAUUAAGAAGAAAAUACCGUUUUGGUACAACGCACGCACACGGCCUACCAGCCGCUCUGCAUUUCCAGCACUGAGAAAACUAAGAUUAUCUGAUUUGUCGGCCCUUGAGAGGUGGGGGGCAGCCGAAGGAACUCCAGGAGAAGAGGUAACAUUUCCUCUGCUGGAAGAUUUGGAAAUUCGUGGCUGCCCGAAGUUGACUGAUCUACCUGAAGCACCCAAUCUAAGUGAAUUAUCCAUGAGAAAAGGUUGUUAUCAGCAGCAAAUAUCCCUACAGGCAGCUAGCAGAUUCAUCCCUUCAUUGUCCCGUCUGGGUCUGGAUGUGUCACCCGAUGACACAGAAACAACAUUACUGAAUGUCAAGAAGAAAUUGAAUGGUACACUCGCCUUGGCAGCUAUGGGGUUAGGUCGGUGCGACCUUUUUUUCUCCUCCCGCUCAAGCGCACUGGCGCUAUGGACAUGUUUUGCACAGCUAGUAGAUUUGGAGAUUCGGUAUUGCGAUGCUCUUGUCUACUGGCCAGAAAACGUGUUCCAGGUCCUGGUAUGCCUGAGGAACUUAAAGAUUUCCAGAUGCAUCAAACUGACAGGAUGCACACAAGCUUCUGAUGAGCAAUCUGCUCCAGCUUCACAACAUGGUGGACUCCUGCCAUGCCUGGAGUCUCUAGAGAUAGAAAAUUGUGAAUCUUUGGUAGAGGUCCCCAUCCUGCCGGCAUCUCUCAAGAAAUUAUAUAUUCGCAGCUGCAGUAGUAAUGUCGGGUCCAUCGUAUUUGGUCACCCGGAGGAUACGAGAUUGCUGAGUGCAGAAGGUGUUGUACGGCCGAAGACGUCAUCAUUAAUUCCAGGGUGCAACAGCAGUGAGGCCACAGCGUCUACAGCUGUACUGAAGCUGUCAUCUGCAGCCAACCAUCACUUCCUUCCAUUUCCAUGCCUAGAAUCUCUAUAUAUAGAUUAUUGCAGUGGCUUGUCAGAGGUUGCCAAUCUUCCUCCGUCUAUCAAGACCUUGUACAUUUGUGAGUGCGGCAAGCUUCAAUCCUUUUCAGGAGACCUCCGGUUGCUGGAAGAACUCACGCUUUGUCGAUGCAAAAGACUGGUAUCCUUACCGGAUGGGCCUCAAGCAUACUCAUCUCUUAGAGUUCUUCGGAUAAUACAGGAUGGUAUAAAGUUGCUUCCACCAAGCCUACAUAGCCGUUUGGGUUACCUCGAGGUUAAAAGACUAGAUGACCGUCACGAAGAACCAACCUGGAAACGUUCAAUCAGGAAGCUGGUGUGCUCGAAAUAGUAGAUCAAGGCCUGACCAAAGAAAAAGUUAUUCAAGGAUCGUGCCAGAAACGAAGACCUUUAUUUUGAGCAGAAGCGAAGUUCUAGACUGCAAGCAGAAGAAUUUAGCAUACAGAGCUGCGGGCUCCAGUCUUUUAUCCUUAUUUUUAUUUCUUUUGAGCCAUGACGUGUUUGCAUUCGUGUCUGCUUCAGCCUCCAACACAAGCGAAACACAGGCAGCACUUUCAUUUUAUGAUUUGUUUAUCCACAUACAUGACCGACUGCCGUAGAGUAGACCAACAGUCCAACGUACUCAUGUAGCUCGACAAGCUAUCCAAGCUGCUGCUUUAUAUGAACUGAAAGUGCUGAAUUUUCUCCUGCAUCCUGGAAGGCUUUGGAUGGCACGGUCUUGUGCAGAGGUCUCAUUGUUGUUAACCUGUUUCUUCAAAACUGCAUGUACAGCAACAUUUUCUCCUGGCAGUGCUGCAAUGGAAUUGAAAAGAAUGGUGAUUCUUAUUAUAGUA